CCUGACCCUUUCGUUUCAACCAAGCAAACUUCAUCUUCCAAACCAUGCUUUAAUAACAACAAAGGCAUCUGUUCCAGGCAACAAUGCAUCUACCAGCAUGCCUGCAAGAAGUGUUUCGGGCCACACCCAAAAAAAUUGUGUCCCCUGCCAAAGAAUGAUACCGCCUCAAAACCAUCAAGUCAUUCAAUCAAAACAGUCACAUCUAAAAAUGAUUCCCACUCCUGGGCUAUAUCAAAUUUCUCAAUGGCUCCCACAGCCCCUAUUUAAGCCGAUAAACUUGCAUAUUGGUCAACUUGCUAUGACAAAAGUGAAAUUUUUUUUUUAGAUGGUUUACUCAUGGCUUCACCAUUCCUUACAAUGGUUCACGUACUUCUUGUUCUGCAAACAACCUUAAAUCUGUACGAGAAAAUCCUUUAAUUGUAUAUGAUAAAAUAUCUGAUGCAAUAGUUAAAGAACAUGUGGCUGGACCUUUUCUAAGCCGCAUUGUUUACAUUUUGCAUGUACCGGUAAAUGUUUUUUUUGUUAAUUUGAGAGACUGACAACCAUAAAUAAUGUCAGAAUUAUAAAGAUUAAUGAUUUAUUUCAUCAAUUGUUUACAUAUUUUCUUGUAAACAGGAUACAGUUAGCUAGGAAGUUGCAUGUAAUUUUACUCAAUAAACCUUGACAGGUGUUGUUGUUGUUCGCUAAUGCAUUAUGGGUUGUAUUAGGGACCACGGACAUUUAGGACCAGGCACUGCGGACCAGAAUUUUGGUCAUUUUGGACCAUGAUGGGGACACUUCGGACCAGACAUUUAUUCCUUUUAUAUAUAUAAUUAUUUGUUAUUUCAGGAUGUAUUUACAAGAUUUUCUAAUAAUAAAUGCAACAAAUAUUUGACAUUAAUUAGAAGCUAGAAGCACAUUUGCAUAAAAUUAUCUAAAAAUCUCAGACUAUAUUCGUCCUACAAACCCCUUGUUCACAUACGAUAAAUAAGCAGCACAAAAUUAUUGUAGACAAUACGGUAGUCGCUGACCGAGAUAAACUUGUCAAGUGCUCUGGCGGGGAAAUUAUGAUGUAACAGGCAUCAGUUUACCUGUGUUGUAAACAACUUGAUUUAAUGAUUUAAUCAAUACACAAUGGAAGGUUGCACUUCUUCUGGGCAAGGCCAGAAAAAGAAAACAUACACGAAUGCAUUCAAAAUGAAAGUUGAAUGUUACUUGGAAGUUACAACGGUUACUUUUUUUCUGUUUAUUUUUUAAAUACACUUCGGAUAUUAAAACUUUCAAGUCUGAUAGUUUACAGCGACCAAGACGCUAUACAUCAACUAAUGAGGAAACUUUUCGUUCUACCACUGUUGCCAGCAGAAGACAUCCAAAAAGCCUUUGAGAAGCUGAAGAUGAAGACCAUGAACAGGACCAACAACAGCCGUCUUGAUCAAUUCUUCAAUUAUGUGGAAAAUACUUGGGUGAAGCCAGUGAGAUGUGGCCAGUUUCAGCGUGGUCAGUCUUCGGGAGAACCAUCAGAACCAACAAUGAUGUGGAGGGCUGGCACGCAAGACUCAACCGACACACUAAGAAGGGAAAUCUAGCAUUCUAUCUGUUAGUGGAACUGUUGUUCAGGGAAGCCAGAGAGAUCCCUAUUCUGUGUAAACUUGUGAGAGACAUUCAAAUAUUUUGUACAUGUGUUUUGUGGUCUAUAAUUAUAUAAAUGUAUACAUUCAAUGGUUUGUAUGUGUUUGUACGAUAAUAUAUAUAUAUGAUUUUUUUAUAAGAAUAUGUUGUAAAUAAUCUAUUUCACAAUGUCUUUUUGU